CUCUCUCUGUCUCUCUCUCUACUGUCUCCGACCAUGAAACGGCCGUCGUACUCCUCGUCGUCGUCCGACGGCCAGCGGAAACGCGCUCCAGCUCCGCCGCCCGCGGCGGCGGUUCCGGGGAGGGCGAAGGACCAGGCCGGCCGGAGCCCGCUGCGGCACCUCAACGGCAUGGUCUGCCACGGCCGAAGCAGCAACGCCUCCUCCUCCUCCUCCUCUUGCUCUUCUUCUUCCACCGCCGCCUCCAUCGAGGCUCCGAGAGGCUGCCUCAGGUUCUUCCUCUCUCACUCUUCUUCGACUAAGAACGGUCCCGGUAGAACUUGUGCUGCGAUUAGGACGCCCAAAUCGGCUCCUGCAAAGCCGGCGAAACGCGAUCUCCAGCGCGAUCGCGCUGCGAAGAUGGCCAAUCUGGAGGUACCUAGAGCAGUCAAACAGCCGAAGCUCAAGAGGAACCCUCCCUGUCUAUACCAGUGGCAAUCUGCUAAAACUGCCACUUCUAGGAAUGGCAAGAAGUGCGGUAGUUCCUCUGUUUCUGAAGCUGAUGGCAAUGUCGCUGCUGAGUUUCCAUCCGGUUUCGAAGCGUUGAAGCAGGAACGGAUUGAGCUUGAUUCUGCUGGAAAUGGUCAUGCUACUUCUACUCCAAUUAAUAAGAGAUCUGGCGGAGUAGAGACACCAUGUCUAAGUGAUGGAAAUGUGGGGGAGAACUCUAGUAAUAGCAAAAUCAAGACUCCUCCUAUCCAGGCUUCCGUGUCUCCGGAGAUACAAGGCGGGUCAGGUUUGAUGAACUAUUCCGGAACGAUCACGUCAACGGGAGGCACGCAUCCUUGUUUCGGUGCUGGCUAUGUUGUUUCGGGAGUGGCCGAUAGAAGAAAAUGCAGGCCUAGGGGGAUCCUUAGUGUUAGAGAGAACGAGUCGGAAUUCAGCGUUAGUGGUAGUCACGGCAAUGAUGAUGAUAGUAGGGUUGCUGACAAACCUAGCAUCUCGCCAGUACCUUUACUAUGCGAAGCAUCCGUGCAUUGGUUGUUGUCUCCAUGUAAUGAGGAGGACGAGGAGCAAAAAGAUUGUUCUGAAAAUGAGUCAUGCCCAUUUGAGAGGUUUGAAGAGGAAGGGUCUGCUCUCUGUUCUCUUACUUCACCCUCGUCUGGUCCUGUGUUUUCUUCAGAUGCUGGUAAUAAGAGUAAUAUGACAUGUACAACGACAGGUACGGAUGGCAGUAGUAGGGGAAGGGAUCCUGAGGUGACUUCUUCAAGAGGACUCCUUGAAUUUGAUGGAUUCUUGCAGCCUUCACAGUGUAAUGGUGAUGUUUACUCUCCAACAGAGGUGACCCCUAUUUGGAAGGAUUUUUCUUCGAAGGAAGAAAGGAAAUUGAGUUACGAUGUUGAUCGACUGGAUGACCCAUUAACUGCUGACUCCCUGGGCAGUGGAAAUGUUAUUCGAACCCCAAACUCAGACUCAAGUUCAAACGGAUAUUUCCGCCUGUUGUGGGUUAAUGCUCAGCAUGGGGGGAAGGAUCAAAUAGAUUCCGAGAUAGAUCUACUGACUCAAUCUUUUAGUAAUGCCACUCUAUCUCCAGACUACUCUAGGUCUACAUGGGAUUCAACAAAUCUGAAUUUCCAGUUAGAUUGUCUAGCGAUGCCAUCCAACUCCAUUGAUUUGGCACAAGUUCAAAAUGUUCUUGAUAGCAAAGUAUAUUGGGCUUCCAAUUCCAGCAUAGACAAUUUAUCACAAUCCAAUUUGAGGAUAUCUUGGAGAGAUGGUUUAGUUAAUAGGAUCUUUGAGAUGGAUGAGAAUGAUUUUUGCAAAUGCUUGUCUGAUGAUGAGGAUGCCACUGGCAGCCAUAUUGAUCUAAAGUUGCAUGAAAGUCCCACACAUAAUGUAAAUACUCAGAAUGUCGCUGCUGAAAAUGUUAACGAUAACAUUACCUUAGGCUCAAAUCAUUUUGUGGAUGAGAAGCAUGAAACUGGUCAGAAAGUCGAAGACAUGCAUUCCCCUCAAAAACAAUUCGAAUCAGUUGAGUCCAUAAGCUUUGAUGGAGGUGGCCUUCUUGCUUCAACUUCAAGUGAUUCAGACUGGAAUCUAUGCUACAAGAACAGCUUAUUCAAGUAGAAGCAUCGGGAUCAUUUAUGUAGUCUUGACCAAGGUUAAGUACUUGAAAUAUAACAUGAGGGAGGUUUUCCUUCGGUGCAAUCUAAAGAUUACCACUUCAAGAUCACUGGUGAAUUCUUUUCUUUCUUCAUUCCAAUAUGCAUUUGCUUUCUGUAACUGCUGAAAUGUAGUUCAAAUUUGUCAGCAUUCAAGACGGCAAAAAACAUGCAUUUGACAGAUUAGUGUGUUAGAAUUUUUAUGGGCAAAAUAAUUAGAUAUUAAUCUGGAAUGUUGGGGUUGAGAACACCGCUCUUGGUAUCCUCGUGCAACUAUGGUUUUGUAAUCUAAUUGUGCUUUUGGCCAUGUAACUUACCUGGUGUACUAGGAUUGUUUCACUUCUUUCUUUGUUCUAUGAAAUCAUUAUUAAUUAUAGAAAA